CAACGUUUAUACGUUUGUUUACAGACUCAUCAAUUAUGCAGCGCCACCAAGCGGCUAGUCUUGGGAUUAUCGAAGCUAUCACAUACAUCUAUUUCAAUGCAGUAGAUUUAACCCGUGAUCAAUACAUGAUGGCUGUUGUAAACCCGGGUCAAUCAUUGACAGAUUUUAAAACAGUGAAACAAUUAAUUGAAGAAAUAUAUGCAAUCCAAGUGGAGUCAAUUAACAAACUAAAUUCACACGACAACAACAAUUUGCUUAUUCGAGUUACAUCCGGGCAUCUCUAUGUCCUGAAAUUAUUGAGCAAGCGUAGUGAUAGUGAUUGGUUGAUAGGAAUCGGCAACCUGAUGGUGUACUUGCAUGAGCACGGAAUAAAGUGUCCUCUACCGGUAAAACUCUCAGAUGGUCGGAUGUUUAGCUUUCACAGCACAAUGACAGAAACAGAAAUACAUAAUAAAGUGAUCUUUCUGCAAACGUAUGUUCCGGGAAGUAUACUGUAUGGCAUUUUACCGUCCAAUGAAAUGUAUUUCUCCGCUGGAAAGUAUCUAGGCCAGAUAGACAAUAUUUUAAAGGGUUUCCAUGACGAUAGAUUGGUAUGUGACGUGACAUUGGGCGAAGGGUCAGAAUGGUUCCUGACCGCAUUGCCUAAAUUGCGAUCCUACUAUGACGUCAUUUCGGAUAAUAGCAAUAUGGAAAUGGUCGAAUUUUAUAUCAAACAGUUUGAAGACAGAGUUUUGACAAAUCUGCAUCAUUUGAAAGAAGGUACCAUACAUGGUGACUUCCACGACGAAAACAUUAUAAUCAAUGACGGAGCUAGCGAUUCCCCUUAUACAUUCAGACAGGGCGGUAAGACGUACCAAAUGACCGGCAUAAUUGAUUUCAACGACGCUCAGUGCUCGUACUAUCUCUUCGAAGUGGCCAUCGCUAUCGCGUGCUUCAUGCUGGAAAGCGACAACCCACUCUUGGUCGGUGGUCACUUUUUGGCUGGGUACCUCAAAAAUUUCCAGCUUCCUGACUUUGAGUUGACCCUGCUGUACAAUUGUAUUGCCGGACGCCUGUGCCAAGAGGCAGUGUUAGGAAAUAACCAGCUGAAACUGGGUCCCACUAAUGUUUAUUUAUCAGACAUCGUUGCUAAAGCGUGGAAGACAUUACAUAUAAUGAAACAAACAACGCAACAAUUCACCGAGCAUGCGUGGAGUUCAAUAAUCGAUUCCCACGUUAAAACAAAGUGA